CCACCAUAGUCGCGGCAUGCCCACCCUCAAGCAUGUAUAGCCUGCGGGUGUUGAACUCCAUUCUCCCCAUGGAUCCAUCCAAUCCAUCAUGCAGCCGUAACCCCCAAUUCAAUUCCGUCCAACCCAAUGUGGAGCUCAUACCCGCUCACCCUACCCAGCCAACCAACCCAGUCCACCCCUUAGAGUCGCAAACCAGAACAGAGGGCACGCAAGGGUAUUAAAUCCUCCCAAUACAAACGG